CAAUGUUUAAAGUAUGGCAGGGAGUGAUCAUAAAGCCUCUUGGCCAAUAACUGGAAUAUGUAAAUUAACCUCUAGAUACAUGUGCAUCUGCCCAGCAACUAGAGAGACAAGGACGUUUAGGGAUUUAAAGCCAUAAUGUGUAAUGGGACAAAAGAUGUGGAGAAAAUGGGGAAUUAUGCUGAUGGAAAUACUGCUUCUACUCAUGUCUGGAGGUGUGACAGCCAAAACGUGUGGAGUCAUUUCCAUAGAAUCUCACACAGUCCAGCUUGGUUCCCCUCUCUUUGCAUCCUGUGCUGUUGGCAAACAAGUCUGCCCUGGUUUGAACCUGGAUGCCCAAGUGAUUUGGAAACUAGACCAAAAUAUCAUCCCAAGUAAAGAUCACGCUCAUGUUCAUCAAAAUAUGUCUUCAAUCUACUUCAGAAGUUUCAACAAGACUUCUGCAGCGCUCUCUUGCCACUUUCGAAUGGAUCAAGGAAUACAGCUAAUGGACAGAGUGGAAAUUAAUGCUGGCUAUCCUCCAGCUAAACCGACCAAUCUGACCUGCCACCUAAACCUCACAGAUGAAAGGCUAGUAUGCAGUUGGCAACUUGGGAGUAACCCCCUGAUAAAGACCAAUGCUACUCUCUCAAUUGCUGAGACAAAUAAAAACUGUACACCAUAUGAGGGAAAAAAAUACACUUGUGUGCCUCGACCUGGUGAGACAUCAUGCGCCAUACCUCGUACUCAAUACCAUCUCUACAAGAAACAUGCAGUAUGGAUUACAGCGCAAAAUGAGUUGGGACGUGUUAUCUCAUCCUAUCUCUUUCUCACACCAAUGAACUAUGUGAAGUUGGAUCCUCCAGUCAUAAAGGAAGCAGCACCACUCCUGUCUCACCCCGGCUGUGUCAGGAUUCAGACCAAAAAGUCAGAAACGGGGAGUUUUAUUGAACAGUGGUAUCAGUUGCGCUACAGAAAGGCAGAAGAGAACCAAUGGACAGAGACUAAACCCAUAAUGAAAGAUUCAGAUGAGUUGGAAUACUGCAACCUUUCCCCUGCUACAAGAUAUCAUUUCCAAAUCCGCUGCAUUCGAAUAUUUAUGAAAGGAUACUGGAGUGAGUGGGGAUCAGAUACAAGUUUGCUCACAUCUGAAUCAGCUCCUACUGGUAAAGUGAAGACCUGGUGGAGGGUUCUAGAAGCUACAGGCGAUGGCCCAACACAAAUACAGCUAUUGUGGAAGGCACUAAAGAAGGAAGAAGUCAACUCUGAAAACCCCUGGUACAUAGUGGGUAUCAGGUUAGAGCCAUACUGGAAUGGCAAUGUGGUGUGCAAUACAACCUUUCUCAACUGCAGUUUCCAUCUGCCACAUGGAGCAACUGGUGCUUAUCUAUGGGUUUAUAACACUGCUGGGCAUUCACCAAGAAUGGAAAUUGACUUUAGAGAUAGAAAAAUUCCAGGUAUGCCUGUCUCCUGGAUCCAUGUGUUACCCAAUAGUGAUAACAGCCUUGCUGUGGAGUGGAGGUUGCAAACCAUGGCUAAGAGCUAUGUGCUGGAGUGGAGAAAAAGCUCACAAAAUCUUGAAAGUGACUUCAAAUGGAAAACUGAACCAGAAGGAAGCAGCACCUCCAUCUUGCAAGAUAUUGAACCUUUUCAGCAGUACACUGUCUGGGUUUAUCCUGUUUAUGAAAAUCAAGUUGGUUCCCCAGUACAGGUUAAUGCCUAUUCCAGACAAGGAGUUCCAGAAAUUGCCCCCAAACUUACACUAAUAAGUGUCACAAAGUCAUCAGCCCAGCUGUCCUGGGAACCAGUCCCCUUGGAGAGACGCCAUGGAUUUAUAACAAACUACACCGUCUUCUGGACUGACAGUGAUAGAAGAACACUUUCUGUGACGCUGAACAGCAACUUGACAAGGUUUGUGAUCAGGAACCUGCAGCCUUUAGGAAUGUACAAUGUGCUUUUAAGCUGCUCAACAUCUGAAGGCAGUGUCAAUGGAUCAGUCCUCAUGAUUUAUACCACUCUCUUAGAUGAGAUGGAGAUCCACGUAUUAAUAAUGGUUCUGUGUAUGUCAUCUGUGAUGAUUGUUAUUGGAAGCUCCUUCAUUUGCCUGGGAAAACAUAAAGGAGUGAAGAAUAAGUUUUGGCAAGUUGUACCAGAUCCUGCAAACAGCAGCAUGGGGAAAUGGAGGCCAGUAUGUCAUGAGACCCCCAAGAUGUCACUUAACAUCAGAGAAAUGAUUACGAGUGAUCUCACAAUUCUGGAGGGGUGGCCUGAGAAGAAACCCCCAUCUACAGAUGUCACCAAAUGCACUCCUGUUUCAUUUGAACACAAACCACAAUGCAGUACAGAUGAUGCUGGGGUCCAGAGGCCCUAUAUCAAUGUUGCUGACACUGUGCAGUAUGCUAAGGUGAUAACAGGAUACUUUGGACAAAGUCCCACAUCAACUUCCCACUUACGGUCUAACUCCACACAACCUCUCCUUAGCAACACAUCUCCCAGCCCCCAAACCUAUGAGAAUAUGUGGUUUCACAGUAACAAUGAAGAAGAUAGCAUCUUUCUUAUUGAAGACGAGAACCUGAGCAACUUCCCUCUGUUGCAGGCACUGAAGAUCCAAGAGGAUGGAGAUAUCUUCAGUUUUUAGGAAUGAAGGAUCUAGCAGUUGCUUUUAGACUGAGAAAGCAUACCUGUAUACAAUGCUGGGUGUACACAUGUAAAUUUAUGUGAAAGGAGUACACAUGUACAUCAUACAGCACACAUUGAUAGCACUGAAGCAGGGAGGAGACUUUAACUGAGAAAAGGGCAUAUAAUGACUAAAUUUGACUUCUAGCCUUUACUACCAAACAUUCUGCAUUAAGAAUAUUGCCUUCUUAACAAAAAUGGCUAACUAUAAAGGAAACAUGGUAGUGCAAGAUACAAGGACUUUUUAAAAGGAAUUUUGAGCCUUUAGCCCUAGGUUUGGGUUUUACAUAACUGCUAUUGGCAAGAGAGCCUUAUGUGCCAUUUCAGUAGGUUGAUUAUUUUACUCAAACCACUGUUUUUCUAUAUUACAGUAUUAAAUCCACAUAAGGACUGCAAAUAGUAGUCCUGUCUUUUUCCAAUAACAGAAUAGCUAUAUAGGGACCUCAUCGGCUCCAAGCUCGUGAGCAAUGAUUUUUUUUAAAAAAUAUGGGCAGCAGUCAGUUUCUAGGUUAAGCAAACACAGCAAGACUUCCCCCAAUCAUGAAGACUAUAAAGAUGAAAAAAGCUGUUUUGUUUCAUUUUCCCCAAAUUGUUACUCUCAUUGCCAUUUCUCAGUAUAUCCUUUGAUCUAAAUUUCCUUCCUUAAAAAGCCUUGUGAACAGGUAUGGAAUUUAAUGCUCAGGAUAAUCCAAGGUAUUUAGAAAUUCCAUAAUAAAGCAGAAGGCGGGCACCUUUAUCCUCUGCCAGCUACUGCAGCAAUCGUAUGAUUGUCCAGGGAACGCCUUAUGCAACAUGCCUCUCCAAUAAGAGGCCUCUUAUAAGAGGCUGGCCUUAUGACAGUGGAGGGGCAGAGCAGAACCACCCCCCAUACCAGCAUGAAUUUUCAACAUCAAAAACUACCAAAAAUGUUGUAUUUUUUCAGGAAACAGAUUUUUCUGUUCCAUAAUAAGAUUUUAACAGAAAAAAUGUAGUGUGAGCACUGGGUGGGAGAACAAUCUGACCAACAGGGUCUGUGGCAUAACUAGGAAAUGUGGGCAAUAAGUGGGACCGAUCUCUCUCUCUAGGCCACCAAAACUGUUUGAAAGGAGACCAGAUUUGUUAAGAUAUUUUAAACAACAAAUCAGUCUGAAUCCCAUAGAGUUCUCGCCACUUCUGGAUCUGCUACUACUAUUGCUAUGCCCCACAUAUGGAUAGGGUAUUUUGGUGUGGUAAUGUAGGCAUAUGUAGACAUGGUGGGGAACCUCAAACCCAUACUUUGUCCUCCAUACAAUCCCUACUGAGAUUUCAUGUUCUUCUGGGUCCAUAAGUUUCACCUACUACCUCUUUAUGCUUCAGCCCUUCUGUUCCCUUUCCUGGAAAGUUCUGUCCCUCUCUAGAUUUCAUUCAAAUUGUAAUCGUAUUCCCACAGUUUAGGGCUAUGCAACAGGACCUCAUGUGAAGCUUGGCAUUGCAAUCCCUAAUUGUGUGUCCCAUUAGAUGUCACAUUUGUUCAACCCCUUCAAAAGAUUUACAGUAUAUACACAUGCAUACAGUAUACAGACCUAUUGAUACACUCGAUCAUUAGGCCUAGCAACUUUGUCUAUACCAUUUCAGGUUUAUUUAUAAAAUAGUUCUACCUCACAUACUGUAUGUUCUAAACCUUUCUUCAGUCUCUCCUCUUUUUCCAGUAUACGCUACCCCUUCUAAAUGUGAAAAUUAUUUUAAUCCCAGGUGUUACAUAGUAACAUAGUUAAAUUGGGUUGAAAAAAGACAAAGUCCAUCAAGUUGAACCCCUCCAAAUGAAAACCCAGC